UUCUCGUUAUUGCAGCUAAAUAAAUCCAUAUAUUUUUUUCAUUUGAGUUUUACUGUAUUUCAUGGCAGAAAGCUAAUCCAUUUUAAUAUUGAUGGACAUAGUGAUGCAGAGUAAAUGGUUGCAGCGCUGCCAUUGCCAUCAGUUACUAUUUUGCUUUCUGUUUUUACGGGUAGCUGAGGGGAAACAAAAGCAACCGUUGCAGUAGUAAGGGAGUCUAAUAUUGGCACUCAGGGCAGCUGACAGGCUGACUUCUGUAAUUAUAGCACUGUCUGGUGCAGGGCAAAUAUUUCACGGGCACUGGUUGGCAUUCCGCUUUCCUAAAGGCGCAGGGACGCUGCCAGAGAUAGGGACGUAGCUACGGGAUAGGAGAGCGAGGCAGAAGAGAGCAAGAGGGUGAGAGUGAAAUCCCUACGCUAACGGGCAAUACGUGAGAUAGAAGUGGAGAUUACACCGGGGCAGCAUGUUCCUGAUCACGCUUGGAUUCCACCUUCAGCUCCUUUUCUGCUGUGUGUUGUCCCACUCUUCUGCCUUGGACAACAUUUUCUCCUUCCAGGCAGCUUUCCAGUCACUGGAUCAGAACAAGAAGUUCAACCCAUGCUGUCUGCUGGCUCCGCCCCCUCCUCCACUGUUCCCGCCUCCCCAACUCCUGUGGCAGAGACACAGUUCCAACAAGGACACCGGAGGUCCCGUAGUUGAACCCGAAAAGCCCACUGUUUCCCCCUGUGUCCCAGGGCCGCCCGGCCCCAUCGGACCUUCUGGCCCUCAGGGUCCAAUGGGAAGACCAGGAUUGCUGGGACCAAAAGGAGAAAAGGGUGAAAUCGGAAGACCUGGCACAAAGGGGCGUACAGGCCCACCAGGUCUCCCAGGGCGACAGGGACCACCCGGGUGGGCAGGACCAAAGGGGCCCAAAGGUGAGAAGGGAGACCCAGGGCUUAUGGGUUUACCUGGAGCAAGAGGACCAAUGGGGCCCAAGGGUUUGCCUGGAUACAAAGGUGAAAAGGGGUCUCGAGGGGACCGUGGCGAGCGUGGGCUAAAAGGGGACAAGGGUACAAUGGGUCUCCCUGGAAUGUUGGGACAAAAGGGGGAAAUGGGUCCAAAGGGUGAGCCCGGUGUGCCUGGGAACAGGGGGCCUACUGGUCGACCGGGCAAGAGGGGUAAACAGGGAAUGAAGGGAGACCAUGGGCUUGUUGGCGCUAUGGGUCCUGCUGGUCCUCCUGGCCCCAUUGGACACCCAGGGCCUCCAGGCAUGCCUGCUUCAGGGGUUUUCAUGGUUGGACCGAAGGGAGAGAGGGGGCUUCCUGGAGCCCCUGGUCGAUGCAACUGCAACUCCCCCACGAGUGUCAACAGCCCCCCCUACGAUGUAACCCCAACCCGGGGCAACUAUGUAAAAGUGCCUGUGAUAUUUGUGGUAAACAGUGAAGAGGAGCUGGACCAUCUUCACACUGACAAUGCACUUGCUUUCCGAAAAGAUCAAAGGUCGCUUUACUUCAAGGACAAUUCUGGAUGGUUUCCCAUUCAGCUGACCCCCUUCCAGUCUACAGAGAAUGCCCCAGACCUGGAGGGCUUCUGUGGUGACGGCAUUGUUCAGGCCUACAAUGACGAGGAGUGUGAUGAUGGAAACAAAGUGGUCACAGACAGUUGCAUCAAGUGCCAAGAAGCAUACUGUGGAGACGGAUAUCGUCAUGAAGGAGUAGAGGAGUGUGAUGGAAAGGACUUUGGGUAUCAGACAUGUAAAUCAUAUCUUCCAGGGUCUUAUGGGCAGCUCAAGUGCACAGAGCACUGUCUCAUCGACUCCACAAACUGCAAGUAUUUUACAUGAGGGAACCAUGGGAGCAUCUGCUGGAUCCCACAGUCUUGUAUGUGCCUGUUACCUACCAAUACUGAGGCAAAGCAAAAACAGUGCAAAUGAAACAAGAAAAGAAAUGGCAACAGGUUCGCCAAUGUAAAAACCAUAAGCAUAAUCUCCGUUUGUUUGCUGCUGAAAGAGCAUAUAGCAGAUGGCAGAAUGAUUUUUCACCAAAUAACAGAAACGUACAGGACCACUGCAUUGCUGUCUUAAUAACUCAACCAGAGCUUCUACUGUCUCUGCCCGCUCCACUUCCCUGCUCUCUGGAGCACGGCUACAGGUCAGAGGACAAAGCCUUUCUACGAGGGCUGUGUCCUGAGAAAGAAAAAGCCAAUCGCUAUGGGAGACUUGACUGGUGGAAGCAGAGCAAAAUUACCUCGACUUAGGACUGUUAAAGAGAACAUUCAGGUCAUUGGGAUAUUUCAGAUUGUCCACCCCCACGGGUGCUGUAUAUUUCAAUACAAUGUGAAUUAAUGUAAUUGCAUGUGUCUGAGCAUCAUGUUUCCAAAGGCAAGAAGAGUUACCACGAAGGCAUGUAACCGAAGCAACAGGCCUGUCACAAUAAGCUAUGUUAUAAAGAGUAGAUUGACUGUUCCACAUUUGUGUUCAAGGUCAGGUAUACAGUUAUGCUUUGAACCGGUUGACAAAUUGUAUAUUUAAUUUGAACUGAAUGACAGGGCCUUGUUCUUGAUGUUACAAGUAUAUUAUAAAAGGGACAGAAAGCAGAUGGCCAGGGCUCUGGGCUGAGAAAAAUCUCUUGACCCAAGCAGACUGGGCCAUUGGGUCAGUCCCCCCAUUAAGAGAGCAUAUAAAAUGUGGUGUGCUUCAUAGGUCAACCACAUAGGUCUUGGAAAGCUCAGACCCAAGGUUUGUGUGGCAUGGUCAGCAGUAACUCAGGAAACCAAUUAAACCAUUAAACCAUUAUUGCCACAUGAUAUGUGUAAAACAAUGACAAGAUAAUACAUAAAACAAAGUAAGGGGGCAGGAAGAUUGGUUAGUGAAAGUGAAACCUCACCUCACAUUUCUUCAGUAUUUGUGCUUUGGGGUCGUACAUUGGCAUACUGCUGGAACCCUGUCUGCAUGGCUCGCAGCCAGUGAGGGAAAGCAAUGAAUUACUCGCACUUGUCUCUUACGUACUUUGUAUUUUCAUUAGUUAAGUGGGUAGAGCAAAUCUCUUGGUGCUUAUUGUAAAAUGCUGACUAUUUUAAAAAGGAGACUACAGUUUCCUCAUGCUACUUGCUACAGAAUGACUGUUAAGCUACUGCAAGGCCCGCUGGCAUCAGUGUGUCUUGCUUCAUUUCCAGAGCUCAACUUUGACAUACCUCAUCACCAGGCCUGCCUGCAUUCACUGUGUUACCACAAUGUGUGUAGAAAGAUUAUAAAUGAGAGUGAUCAACACCCCAUGGUGGCUUCACUCACGAUAGGGUCCUUGAAGACUCUCAAUGCCCAUCUCAAUGAAAAGCUAUUUCAGCAAAAAUGUGAAAUAUCAUUUUUAGACUGGUGUACUCCUCAGUUCCUUUUCCCCAUUUAAAAGUUUUAAAGACAAAGGCAUUGAAGCAGACAUAAUAUUUGUCUGGAUGUGUAUCUAUGUAAUCUGCUUUACCUAUGUAAUACAUGGUUAUAAUAAAAUUGGAUGCUAUGUUGUUAUGUGAUAUUUAUAUAAGCUACAGGUGGCAGUGCGAUUGAUCCCCAGGUAAUACCUUUUUCACCCCUGGUGAGGUGAGACAUUGAACGUUCUCCUUAACUCCUUUCUUAUCUCACCAGGGGAAGAGGUGUAUGUAAAAUAAGAUGUAAAUAUUUCUUUUUAGAUUUUUUUUUAUUGUGAUGUGGUAAAGUUGCAUGUUCAUGGUUCACAACCAUUUAAACUUCAACCAAUUGCCAAAGAGUCGCUGUUAAUUUGUAAGUAUAAAAAGUAUAUUUAAACACAAUACUAUGUUACAUUGUCAAUAAAAUACAAGUUGCUCCUCUGCAAGUUAAUUAAAGCUUAUGUAGCACGUACCUGCUGGUAGCAUGUAAAAAAUCAUUACCAAAAACUUGUGAAGUGUAUGUUCUGUCAUUUUGAGAUGGGAAAGCAUAUAUAAGCAUUAGCUGAGCCUUAAUUGUAAUCCCAACAUUUAUACAGGCAUAUUGUGGACAAAUAAAAAUACUGAAAGUUAA